AACUCGGAGCUGGCACUGUUGCUGUUAUCUGGCUGGUUUCCAUUGCCAUGGCCCUACCUAAAGUCACGUACAUCCAGUUUGACAGUGGCUGCACGUGGUCGGUGGGCCGCGGUCACUGGCUGGGCUUCCUCGUUCCUGCAUUUCUGGUGUAUUACGUGGCUCCUCUACUCUGCAUCGCCCUGCAUUGCGGGCUCAUCAUCACACACCUGUACCGCUGCCGGGGCACUCUAGCCGCAGACCACCGCAAUAAAAAAGCCACAGCCCUUCUCAUCGGCUCCACGCUGGUGUUCGCCAUCAGCUGGCUGCCUUAUUACGUGCUAGAGUUUGUCAAUGUUUUAUCGCCGUCCCUUAACUCCGUCAGCUCACCUGAAAGCCCCACCUCCAGCUCCACCGCCCCGUCGCCGGCGUCAAGUACGGAGGUGUCUCUGCUGUGGGAGGUGGCCUCGCUGUCUGCCAUUCUUCUGAUUUGUCUGGCACCUUGCUGGAACCCGCCACUCUACUUCCUGCUAUCUAAGCCAGCCCUGAGGCAACUGAGAGGGCUGCUACCCAUCAUGCACCAACACUGGAGAGCUGCUACCUUCCUACAGCACAUAGUGCCAAAACACGCUCCCACACAGCCCCACUCACAGCCUGGGUCUCAACACGUUCCUCAGAACAUACUAGCAGCAACGCACCCACAAUGAGAACACGCGCACUCAGAUCGACAUGGUAAGGCACAGCACAUACCUGCUUCACAGCAAAGCACACCCACACGCAGGCACAAAGUACACACACACAAUGACAGGUACUUUCUGCCAGAGCAUCCUCAUCCCUCUCAUGCUGGCUGAGAUUGUGAGUUGCUUAGUAACACUACAGAGAGGAACAGAAACAUAAGACCAUGGACCUCUGCAUUUAUGGCUCAGCAUCACAUUUUACAAUGUUCCAGCAUGCCAGCUGCUCUCUUCCCCUUUUUCAAAAUCUCUCUCUCACACUAAAAACGUAUCACGGCAGAUUUUUAUCACCAACUCGGUCGC